AUUCGAGAGUUAUAUUUUUCCAUGUAGAAAGGAAGAUUAUUGUUGUGUUUAUUGUUGAAAUUUUGACAGAAUUAUUGUUUCUUUAUAGUUGAAAAUCAUUUGAAAAUCAAGUAAAGAAAUAAAAAAACUUUGUUAUUAAUAUAUACGUAAUGGUGAAAAUUAUGUGAUACAAUUAAAGUCAAUUUUUGUGAACAUCAAUAAUGGCGUAUUCUGUAAAUGUUUCGGUGGAAGCACCGAUUGAAAAUUUGAUUCAGGAAAUAACUUACGAUGGUCAAGAAAUUUAUCAGGCUCCAUUAACAUUGUCAGAGAAUUUGGCUAAAAUCGCUCAAAAGAUCGAUUUUAGUAAAACCAAUGGCGAAGAUGUUAAAAAAGAACCAUCGGAAAGUGGAAAUAAAGAUGAAGAAGCAAAGGAUACAUCUGCUCAAUCAUUAUGGCCUUGGGAUGCAGUUAGAACUAGCUUAAGAAACUCUUUGACAGAGGUAUGUGUGCUUGCCGAUGUUCUCUCGGUGGCAAGAGAAAAAAGGUACAUGGUCCUUGAUCCUGUACCUCAAGAAGCAGUGGAAGUUAAACAAAUGGUUCAAGUUUAUGGCCGAAAGAAAGCUCUCUCUGGUGCAGCACAAGUUCUUAUUUCAGGUGCUGAGAGAUUGAAAAAUUGUCAAAAUGAAUUGGCAAGAAAUCGUACAACUCCUAAUUUUCAUAUUGAAUUACUGCGACUCCGUCAAAAUUGGAGACUCAAGAAAGUAUCAAAUUCUAUUAUUGGCGAUUUGAGUUAUCGCACUGCUGGAUCAAAGUACACGCAAACUGGAAUGUUUGAAGUAACAAAAGCAGAGGAAGAAGAUGAAAAUAGUGGAAGUCCACCGUCUUCUCCUAAUCCAAAUGCCGUUACUCCUGCGACACCAUCGAGUAGUAAACCAUCAGCAUUACGCGUCACAAUUCCCAGUGAACUUCAAGGUGUUGCGUAUAUCGAGGUUUUAUGCCAAAAAGAUCAAGAAGAUUUAUGCAGUGCAAAUAUUAAUCUCUUGAACAGUAAUACAACGAGUUCGAAUGCAGAUAUGCAUUGGCAGCAAAAAUUAGAAGCUGCGCAAAAUGUUUUGUUUUGCAAAGAAUUGUUCAGUCAAUUGGCAAGAGAAGCGGUUCAUUUGCGAGCUCCUAUUCCUCAUAUGGUCGUGGGAAAUCAAAUAAUGGCAACGGUUUUACCGGGGAUACAAUUGAUUAUUGGCCUUUGUCACAGUACAGGAAAUGAUAAAAAACAAGCAGCACCCCCACACAAAACAGAUCACGAUCAUGUACUUGAACAUUCAUUACAUCAAUUAUUACGUGAGGUACAUCAUAAAAAUACACAUCAUCCAUUUCCUCAUCCAUCGUCGGGACCACUUGGUCCAAGUAAAAGAAGAUGUCUCGCCGGUCCAACGGCAGCCGAUCGUCAUGAACUUAUUGAAAUGACAAAAAGUCAAACACUAUUGGAACAAAUAAUUCAACAGGCACAACAUUUUUUCAUGCGACUAAGAACUGAAUAUGUUUUAGAUACAAUAGCAAAAGAAGUGAAGGAUCCAUUAAUUGUCUCACAUUGGAAUGCAUUAAAUUCACCAACGCAAUCGUGUGUGAAAAUAAAUAUUUUAACACACGGCUACGAUUCAAUGUAUCGUACAUCAUUGAUUGUACAUGUUGGUGAAAAAUCAUUGAAAUGUGUUUGUCGCGAUGGCCGUGUUAUGCAUAUGAGUUAUGAACCACAGGAAUUACGUGAUUUAAUAUUUUGUCAAAUUUAUCAACAUCAAAUAAUUGCCGUUCAAUCGUUGGCAAAAUGUAUGGGAUGGCAAUUUUUAUCAAACAGUGCACAUUUGGGUCUUGGCGCUGUUGAACCAUUGGGCAAUGCAAGCAGUUGUAUAUUGGCAUCGCCAAUUGGCGAUCGAAUGAUUGCAGUGAGAUGUGAACCACAAACGGGCGUGCAAGUUGCAAUAGCGCAUUCACCGCGAAAAGAUUUUUUCCCCGGUCAAUUAGUGCGCGAAAGAAAAUGGGAGAAUCUCGGUGGUUCUUUUAAAGAAGUAAGAUGGGAUAAAAUGGAGGGUAAAAAUUUCCUCAACAAAAUGGAACUUCUCAUGGCGUCAUUGACAAGCUCAUAAUAAUUUUUCUAAAUUCCAAAAAAAAAUUUUUUGGACAAUUUUUGUAUUUUAACAGGGUGAUAUAUAAUAUUAAGAUUUUUAAGGUA